CAUACCUUUCUUUAAAUUUAAAGUUGAUUAAAAUGAAUUAUUAAUAAUUGUCAAACAGUAGAUUAUUGUCUGAUUUAGUGUAAGUAAAAUGAGAAUGUUUGGAAUUGGUUUUCCGUUUGCUACUGAUAAUCAAAUUGGAGGCGACACAACAUAACCUGCGGAUUAGGAAAUUAAAAAAGCGUGGAUAUCAAAUGUUUAUUUUCUAACUAUUGCUUAUCAAUUCAAAAUUGAAGGAAAUAAAUAUACGGACCGAAAACGCAGAUUAAAGAUAUCAAGCAAGCGAAGGUUACGUACGAGCAGUAAGAAAUGUCUCAAGCUGAUAUAAUAACCGAAAUUAAAAGUGAGGACUUGAAAGAUAGUGUUAUUGAUUUCACUGCAGGAUGUUUGGGAGGUGUAGCUUUGGUUUACGUUGGACAGCCUCUAGAUACAAUAAAAGUAAAAAUGCAAACGUAUCCUACCCUUUAUACAAAUAUGGUAACUUGUUUCAAAGAGACUUUGAUAUCGGACGGAGUCGUUCGGGGUUUGUAUGCCGGAACCACACCAGCUUUGGUCACCAACGUUACUGAAAAUUCCGUUUUAUUUCUUUGUUAUGGUAUCUGCCAGAAGUUUAUUCAGCGAUUGACCAAUGUUGAAGAUGUAAAAGACUUGAGUACUCUAGGUAAUGCUUCAGCAGGAUGCCUAGCUUCAUUCUUUUCUUCCCUCGCAAUUUGUCCUACCGAAUUGGUAAAAUGCAAGCUACAGGCGAUGCACGAAGAAAUUAAGAGACUGGAAGCAUUAGGAAAGAAAGUCAGUCCCACCACACCUUCGAAACUUACAGCUAAAAUUUUUCGCGAGGAGGGAAUCAAAGGAUUGUUUAGAGGGUUGAUACCGACGCUGGUUCGAGAAAUGCCGGGUUAUUUCUUCUUCUUCGGUGGUUAUGAAGGUACAAGGGAGUUUUUAAGGAGUCCGGAACAGACGAAAGAUGACAUAGGUCUUCUGAAAACAAUGAUUGCUGGUUCGGUGGGUGGUUUAGUUUUUUGGACAUUAUUUUAUCCUGUUGACGUAGUGAAAUCGCGCAUACAAGUGAUGAAUCAAAACACAGGUUUAAUGUUGGCGUUGAUGCAAAUAGCCAAAACUGAAAGUGUCUUAGCUCUUUACAGUGGACUGACACCCACUUUAGUGAGAACCAUUCCGGCCACUGCCGUUUUGUUUGCAACAUACGAAUAUUCCAAGAAGUUUCUACAUAAUUUAUUUUGAUUAUAAUUAUAAAUUAGAGCAUAUUAUGUAAGUAAGUAGUUACAUAUUCAGAUGAUUCGUUGUACAAUGUUUUAAUAUUUUUAUAAUAAAUUACGAAGGCAUAAACAAUUAAAAAUAA